AAACAAUCCGUCGAGGCUUCGAAAUGCGAGUAUCGCAACCUGGGUAAAUCAGGUCUGCGCAUUUCGGUCCCUGUGUUUGGAUGCAUGAGCUUUGGUGAUAAGAGAGUGCUUCCUUGGGUCAUUGGAGAGGAUGAGGCCUUGGAACUUCUCAAAGCUGCUUAUGACCGCGGUUUGAACACUUGGGAUACCGCGAAUACUUACAGCAAUGGCGCGUCGGAGGAGAUCGUUGGCAAAGCGUUAAAGAAGUUCAACAUUCCCCGCCACAAGGUUGUCAUCCUUAGUAAAUGCCGCUGGGGUGUAGGUGAAGAGCCAGGCGCUCGUCACAUCAACUUCAAAGACGAAUUCGCCAUCUCAAAAGACUACCAAAACCAAUAUGGCCUCUCCCGCGCCGCAAUCUUCAACCAAGUCAACGCAUCCCUCGCACGUCUCGACACCGACUACAUCGACCUUCUCCAGAUCCACCGCUUCGACGACGACACGCCCCUCGAAGAAACCAUGAAAGCACUCCACGAUCUCGUGCAGUCCGGAAAAGUGCGCUACAUCGGCGCAAGCAGCAUGUGGGCAACACAAUUCGCACGCAUGCAAUUCGUCGCUGAGAAGAACGGCUGGACUAAAUUCAUCAGCAUGCAGAAUCACUAUAACCUCCUGUACCGCGAGGAAGAACGCGAGAUGAUCCGUUUCUGCAACGACACGGGCGUUGGGAUUAUUCCGUGGGCGCCGCUUUGUAGGGGACAUCUUGCACGACCGCCUGCGCAGUUUGGAGCUACGGAGAGGAGUAAGGAGGAGAAGGAAGGGUCUGGGGAGUUAUCGGAGGUAGAUCAGAGAAUUAUCAGGAGGGUUGUUGAGAUUGCGGAGAAGCAUGAUUGGCCUAUGGCGCAUGUUGCGCUGGCUUGGAUCAAUCAGCGUAUUACGAGUCCAAUUAUUGGGUUUAGCAGUGUUCAGAGGAUUGAACAGGCUAUUGGUGCUAGGGGGAAGAAGCUGAGUGACGAGGAGGUCAAGUAUUUGGAGGAGUUGUAUCAGGCCAAGCCCAUCGCUGGACAUACUUGAGGACAGCCAGAAGGCUCAAGGUACAGUCACAAGGAACGGACUGCUUGAAAGGAAUGGUAUCAAAUAAAACAUCAGAG